GUCAAUAAAGCUAAGCGUUUGUUUUUAAAGCUAGAAUGCGAUUUCGGAAAUUAUGCCAACUCUUUUAACUAAAAGUACAAUUUAUUUUCAUCUACAGAAUGACAGAGCCCGGAAGUCCACUCGGUUUGUAAACACAUGGCUUGUCGUCGCGUUUGAUGCUCAAUUAUGCCAAAACUCUUCGACAUAAAGUUUCCGGGAGAAUGUAAGACUCUUCCUGAAGGCUUUUGGUCCGCUGUAGAUGUGUGGAUAAAGAAACCUCACGUUGUAAACAAGCGUCUGUGCGGGGUGAAGGAGACAGAGAGUAAAGAUGUGGACAGAGAGGCUCUGCAGCUGCUGCUGCUGGGUGAUGAUCAACUCUGUCAGGAUGUGUUUUCCUUCAUGAUCAGCAGAGUUUCACCUGCAGAGACACACGGAGAGGAAAACCUCUGGUCCUCUAGUGUCAGGACAUUUAUUCCCAAAGUAAACAAUUAUGGGACACGCCUGCAAAAGGAGGUUAUACUCAAAGACUUUUGCAGACAACAAGUCACUUUUGUUCCAUUUGAAGAGGAUUCAGAGGGACAGGUGUCUCCAAAGAAGGGCAACAUUUAUCAGCUCCAGCUUCUCCACCAGAGCUGUGAGGAAUGGGCCUUGGAGCUGCACGUGUUGUCUUCAGACGCGUGGUUCUCUGAUGGCGUGGCGUACCCAAAGCUGCCCUGGCUGUCCACCGAUCUGCUGCCUAAACUGGUGCGCUGGGCCACCGAAUGCAAGAGCAGCGAGUUCAGGAGCACCUUGUCCCUGCUGCCGGUGGAGAAGUACAGCAUCAUGUACCAGCAGCUGAAGGAGAAGUACAAAGCCAUGGUCAAGGUUUGGCCUGAGGUUACAGAUCCGGAGAAAUUUGUGUAUGAGGAUGUUGCCAUCGCUACAUAUCUCCUUGUGCUGUGGGCUGAGGAGCGGGCAGAGAAAGGUUUGACUGCCAGACAGUCCUUUGUGGACCUGGGUUGUGGAAACGGCCUCCUGGUUCACAUACUGGCCAGUGAAGGGCAUCCUGGAAAGGGCAUCGAUGUUCGGAAGAGGAAGAUCUGGGACAUGUACGGUCCCCAGACUCUGUUAGAGGAAAAGGCAAUUACUCCCAGCGAGAGCUUCUUAUUCCCGGGUACGGACUGGCUGAUUGGGAACCACUCGGACGAGCUCACACCAUGGAUCCCCGUUAUAGCUGCCAGGUCAUCCUACUCCUGCCGCUACUUCGUCCUCCCCUGCUGUUUCUUCGACUUUUAUGCAAAAUACCAGAGACGUCGGUGCAAGAAGUCUCAGUAUAAAGAAUACAUCGACUUCAUCACGGAGGUCAGCCAAGUCAGUGGCUUCAACACUGAAGAGGACUGCCUGAGAAUACCGUCCACCAAAAGGGUGUGUCUGGUGGGAAAGUCAAGAAGCUACCAGCUUUCUGACGAGGCCGAGGCAGAGCGGCGAAGAGCUCAUUACAUCCAGAGCCGCCAGACCGCCUCUGGGCUCGCAGUUCAAAGGUCAGACAUCCGAAAUGAUGGUGACAGUUGCCAUGGGAACGAAGACACUAACGGAACCCCUGACAGCAGCUGGGGAGCGGGGUUCCAGCCCAGAGAUAGGGUUGAAACGGUUCGAAACUGCGCCGCUCUCCCACGAGACUUUGUUGACGGUGUUGUCCUGCGGGUUGCUAUGGCUCUUCUGGGAAUGACUGAAGAUGACGGCAGCAGGUCCUCCAGUGACUGGAAUCGUGGAGGCAGCCUCUCUGUGAGCGAGGUCGCCGGGCUGUUGGAGCAGGAAACCCUGCAGCUCCUGAAGAAGGAGUGUGGAGGCCUUCAGACGCUGCUCAAGAACAACCACCAAGUCUUCAGAGUGGAAGGUGGGAGGGUGCACAUAAGAGACUGGCGGGACAGGAAGUCCUCCAGGGCGGAUACCCAGAGGAAGCCUGUUGCACCUGGUGCUCUGAAAACUCGGCCCUGCUGGUUCUACGACCACCACCCUCAGUGCUGCCCCCUGCAGGCCGAACACUGUGCCUUCGCUCAUGGACCUGACGACCUCCGACCCUCAACCAGACCUCUGAAGAAGAUGAAAAAUGCCUUUUGAUUGGCUCAUUUGUUCUGAACAGGUCAUUUGAACUCAUUUAUUAGUAGAUUAUAAAACUCAGGAACUGCUUCUCUAAUUAACAGCAUUCACUGAGUUCACUGAACCUCCUGGAAAAGUCCCGACAUCAAGUCCCACAGCCGCCAAGAGGAAGAAGUUCAGGUCCAAGCAGUGUGAGUUUUAUUAAUGCCACAUUUUAUUAUUUCUGGAAAAUGAGGUCUUGAAAUUUCACACUGACCACUUUUUUUUCGGUGCGAGGCUGCCAGAAUGUGAUGCUUCCUGGUGCAGCGUUAGGUUUCACUUUUUCACAACACCGGGUUACAUUGUCUGCUUUCAGAGUUUUCUUUCUUUCAUUUAUUUUGAGAAACGGGCUUCUGCUAAGCUCGGAAAAUUUUACACUUAGCGUUUAUUAAAGUGUAUUACAAGCUGCUUCUUUUUUUUUACUUAAAGAUAAUCAAAUCUGUGAUAGAUUUCUUUGUUGUCGAGCACUCAGGCUGUCUUUCAACUUUUCUCUCCACUGCAGCAAAACUUUAAAAGCUUUCACUUAGACACUUAAUUCACGUCAGACAGGUACUUUGAGGUUCACAGGCAGGGUGGAGGAUAGAGGCCCGACAGCGUUUGAACAAAGUAAAUGUUAGCGGCAUGAAUUAUUUGUUGGCAGUAGCUGAGGGGUGAGCUGCAUGUUGUCCCCUCUGGACGGGGGCUCACUGCUGUGUCUCUCUAACACAGUGUGCCAUCACCCUGUGGCUCAAAUGUCAAAAACAGUUAAGGCCCACUCAGGGACUGCAGCGGGGUGAUGGGAAGCAUCUCCUCGGGGAUUUGUUUGUUUAUUUGAACAACAAUAAUGAAGCCAUUGAGGUAAAAGAGCAGAAUAUUAAAUCUAUCAAGUUUUGCAAUUGUGACAGUGAAUAAUGUUUUUUGUUUUUUGUUUUUUUAAGGUAGUUACACAGUGUAGUUUCCUGACAAUAAGUGAAAGCAUAUUUUGGGUAUCUUGUUUUGCCAUUUGGUGCCACUAAUGUGUAAACUGACCACUGUUCACCCAAAUAAUGAAAACAUUUUUUACAACUGUGGAAGGCAAGUUCUUUCUAUUUCUAAGGUAUUUUUUGGGGCUUUUUUGCCUUUGUUGGAUAGGACAGUGACAGCAUGAAAGGGAGAGAGAGGGGAUUCGA